AUGAGGGUGGGACGAGUGUUUUCCACAGUCUGUACUUUAGUGAAAUACCCGAGAAGUCGCCCUCCAAAAUGCCCUGAACCUGUGACCACAGCUCUCGCAGGCCCUCGCAGCCCUCCCUGCCCCUCAGCCCUCUCCCAUUAGUUCUCAGUGGAUUUGCAUUUCUGGGCGCCCCGUUACCGCCGCCUCCUUGCGGGUGAGAUCUCACUCGAACCGCCUUCAAUUUCUGCAUCCACAGAGCCUCCAAGGCCAUGGCCUCCGUAGGAACGACCCCAGGCAGGACGCCGCAGGGACUGGGACCCGGGGAGGCCGAGGAGGAGGAAGAGGAAGAGCCCGCGGAGAUUCAUCUGUGUGUGCUGUGGAAUUCAGGAUAUCUGGGCAUUGCCUAUUAUGACACUAGGGACUCCACCAUCCACUUUAUGCCAGAUGCCCCAGACCACGAGAGCCUCAGGCUGCUCCAGAGAGUUCUGGAUGAAAUCGAUCCCCAGUCUGUUGUUACGAGCGCCAAACAGGAUGAAAAUAUGACUCGGUUUCUGGGGAAGCUUGCCUCCCAAGAGCACAGAGAGCCUAAGAGACCUGAAAUCAUAUUUUUGCCAAGUGUGGAUUUUGGACUGGAGAUAAGCAAACAGCGCCUCCUUUCUGGAAACUACUCCUUCAUCCCGGACUCCAUGACGGCCACUGAGAAAAUCCUCUUCCUCUCCUCCCUCAUCCCCUUUGACUGCCUCCUCACGGUGCGAGCACUUGGAGGGCUACUCAAGUUCCUGGGCCGAAGAAGAAUCGGGGUUGAACUGGAAGACUAUAACGUCAGCGUCCCCAUCCUAGGCUUUAAGAAAUUUGUUCUGACCCAUCUGGUGAGCAUAGAUCAAGACACUUACAGUGUUCUGCAGAUAUUUAAGAGUGAGCCUCACCCCUCGGCGUACAAAGUGGCCAGUGGGCUCAAGGAGGGGCUCAGUCUCUUUGGAAUCCUCAACAGAUGCCGCUGUAAGUGGGGAGAAAAGCUGCUCAGGCUAUGGUUCACACGUCCAACUCAGGACCUGGGGGAACUAAAUUCCCGUCUGGACGUCAUUCAGUUUUUCCUGUUACCCCAGAAUCUGGACAUGGCUCAGAUGCUGCGUCGAUUGCUGGGUCACAUUAAGAACGUGCCUCUGAUUCUUAAACGCAUGAAGUUGUCCCACACCAAGGUCAGUGAUUGGCAGGUUCUCUACAAGACAGUGUACAGUGCCCUGGGCCUGCGGGAUGCUUGCCGCUCCCUGCCCCAGUCCAUCCAGCUCUUUCGGGACAUUGCCCAAGAGUUCUCUGAUGACCUGCACCACAUUGCCAGCCUCAUUGGGAAAGUGGUGGACUUUGAGGGCAGUCUUGCUGAAAAUCGCUUCACAGUCCUCCCCAGCAUAGAUCCUGAAAUUGAUGAGAAAAAACGAAGGCUGAUCGGACUUCCCAGUUUCCUCACUGAGGUGGCUCGGAAGGAGCUGGAGAAUCUGGACUCCCGUAUUCCUUCAUGCAGUGUCAUCUACAUCCCUCUGAUUGGCUUCCUUCUUUCUAUUCCCCGCCUGCCUUCCAUGAUGGAGGCCAGUGACUUUGAGAUUGAAGGUCUGGACUUCAUGUUCCUCUCAGAAGAGAAGCUUCACUAUCGUAGUGCUCGAACCAAGGAGCUGGAUGCACUGCUCGGGGACCUGCACUGCGACAUCCGGGACCAGGAGACCCUGCUGAUGUACCAGCUGCAGUGUCAGGUGCUGGCGCGGGCGGCUGUCUUGACCCGGGUGUUGGACCUUGCCUCCCGCCUGGACGUCCUCUUGGCUCUUGCCAGUGCUGCCCGGGACUAUGGCUACUCACGGCCCCGUUACUCCCCACGGCUCCUUGGGGUACGAAUCCAGAAUGGCAGGCAUCCUCUGAUGGAACUCUGUGCCCGAACCUUUGUGCCCAACUCCGCAGAAUGUGGAGGGGACAAAGGGAGGGUCAAAGUCAUCACUGGACCCAACUCCUCAGGGAAGAGCAUAUACCUCAAACAGGUAGGCUUGAUCACAUUCAUGGCCCUGGUGGGCAGCUUUGUGCCAGCAGAAGAAGCCGAAAUUGGGGCAGUAGACGCCAUCUUCACCCGAAUCCAUAGCUGUGAAUCCAUCUCCCUUGGCCUCUCCACCUUCAUGAUCGACCUCAACCAGCAGGUGGCGAAAGCAGUGAACAACGCCACUGAGCGGUCACUGGUCCUUAUCGAUGAGUUCGGAAAGGGAACCAACACGGUGGAUGGGCUUGCGCUUCUGGCUGCUGUGAUCCGACACUGGCUGGCACUUGGACCCACAUGCCCCCACAUCUUUGUGGCCACCAACUUUCUAAGCCUCGUUCAGCUACAGCUGCUGCCGCAGGGGCCCCUUGUGCAGUAUUUGACCAUGGAGACCUGUGAAGAUGGGAACGACCUUGUCUUCUUCUAUCAGGUUUGCGAAGGUGUUGCCAAUGCCAGCCAUGCCUCCCACACAGCUACCCAGGCCGGGCUUCCUGAGAAACUCAUCGCUCGUGGCAAGGAGGUCUCAGACUUGAUCUGCAGUGGAAAACUCAUCAAGCCUGUCAAGGAGCUGCUAAAGGAGAAGCAAAUGGAACAUUGCCAGACAUUAGUAGAUAAGUUUCUGAAACUGGAUUUGGAAGAUCCCAGUCUGGACCUGGACAUUUUCUUGAGUCAGGAAGUGCUGCCUGCUGCCACCGCCAUCCUCUGAGAGUCCUUUCUGGGCCUUCCUCCGCAUCCCAGACCCCAGGAGGCUGCCAGGCCCUCUUCGUUUCCUUACGUUCUUCAGACCCAGAGUUCUCAGUUUCCUUGGAAAUGUUGUUUCGUGUUAGUAAUAAAGUUUAUUUUGGAGAAA